AUGGAAUUUACAUUUACACAUAAGCAUUUUUAUCGUUAUCUUCAGCUAUGCCAUGCGAUACAGGCUUAGUCUUCGCUCUCUAAUCUCACAUUGACAGACUCAGUUUUUCUUAAGGAUGCAACCCGUAAGAAGGGCAUGAUUUCUCGGGUAUACACCCAGCUAUUGUCCACAGCACAGGAUCAAGCUAGUCUCCGGAGCAGGGCGCAGUGGUCCCGGGAUAUUGGAGAGUUUGCUGGAGAAGUCUGGGAUGCUGCUCUGGAAUCUGUUCCGGGAAUUUCUCUUUCUUCCUCUCAUAAAUUGUCUCAAUUGUUUAUUCUGCAUCGAGUAUAUAGGACCCCUGUGCAACUGUAUCAGUGGGGCAGGCGGGAUUCACCUGAUUGUCCAAGGUGUAGGGUCCAGCAGGGUGAUUUCACUCAUAUGCUCUGGCAUUGCCCCAAGUUACAUAGAUAUUGGAGUGAGGUUCUCCUAUUUAUUUCUCUA